GGACCGUCUUUGUCAAUUUUUGUUUGUUCUUAUUGAUAUGUACGGAGUACUUCGUAUAACCGAGAGCACGGUGCUGUGAGGUGCUCCCGGUCGAGUAUACCUAAAACCAGUGGUGAAACUGCCUGAUGGCGAGAGAGAAGAAUGAUAGGUGCAGACCGUGCAGUGGUGGUCAAAGCAUCGAGAAUUGAAGAGGGGAGGAAAAAGAUAGCAUGGGGAAGAACCAAAGUAAAACACGAGGAACACCAAAUGUUAGCAAUACCGAUCCGUUCACACUUAUUUUCUCUAUCCUUUUAAAACCCCAACCCAGACAUAAUCCCCAUUACACAUUCAAACGAAAUAGCAAAGCAGAACAACAAUGGCGGGUGAAGAAGUCAGCAACAAACAAGUCAUCUUCAAAGACUACAUUGUUGGGUUUCCAAAAGAAUCAGACAUGGAACUCAUAACUUCCAAAAUUAUCCUGAAAGCUCCAGAAGAUUCCAAUGGGAUUCUUCUUAAGAAUCUCUACUUAUCGUGUGAUCCGUAUAUGAGGAGUCGUAUGACCAAGCAUGAUCGCCCAAAUUAUGUUGAAUCUUUUCUGCCUGGAUCGCCCAUGACAGGGUAUGGAAUAGCCAAAGUUCUGGAUUCCCGGCAUCCAAACUUCAAGGCAGGUGACCUUGUUUGGGGAGUUACUGGAUGGGAAGAAUAUAGCCUUAUUACAUCUCCAGAACUUUGCUUUAAAAUUGAGCAUACAGAUGUGCCUCUUUCCUAUUAUAUUGGGAUUCUCGGUAUGCUUGGCAUGACAGCCUAUGUUGGUUUGUACGAGAUAGGAGCUGCUAAGAAAGGAGAUCGUGUCUUUGUCUCUGCUGCGUUUGGUGGUGUUGGGCAACUGGUUGGACAACUUGCAAAAUUGAGUGGUUGCUACGUUGUUGGAAGUGCUGGUAGCAAAGAAAAGGUUGAUUUGUUAAAAAACAAAUUUGGGUAUGAUGAAGCAUUCAAUUACAAGGAAGAGGAAGACUUGGAUGCCGCCUUGAGGAGGUAUUUUCCGGAGGGCAUAGACAUAUAUUUUGAGAAUGUUGGAGGGAAGAUGCUUGAGGCUGUUCUAUCGAACAUGAGACCCCACGGCAGAAUCCCAGUUUGCGGAAUGAUCUCACAGUACAAUCUGGAACAACAAGAGGGUGUUCACAAUUUGUUCAAUCUUAUCUCUAAGAGAAUCCAUAUUGAAGGAUUCAUAGUAUUCGAUUACCAUCAUCUGUACCCAAAGUACCUGGAUAUGAUGCUAGCACACAUCAGGGAGGGUACAAUAUCUUAUGUUGAAGAUGUUGCUCAAGGUUUAGAAAGUGCUCCUUCAGCUUUGGUCGGGAUCUUCUCUGGCCGUAAUGUUGGGAAGCAACUUGUAGUAGUUGCUCGCGUGUAAGCUUGACUGAUGUUGUGUGUUGAGACUUGAGAGUAGCAUUGUUUGCUUUCUAUUCUUGAUAGGUGAUUGGCCGAUUCUUAUGUUUGUAUUUCGUAUUGGGAAAUUCUCAUCGGUAAUUUUUUUUUUUUUCUUUACACAUUUGAAUGGGUAAUAAUAAAAUGAAAAUUUUCAUAAUUACCACCUUGUAAAAUCCACUUUUUAAAACUUAUCACUUUAUAAAAUUUUAUUUAUAAA